AUGCUCGGUUAUAUGGAGUAUUUGCAGGACUGUUUCUACACCUCAACAGGAUGGAAUACCGACAACAACUAUGACAACAUCUUGGCCACUUCGCGAAACUUGUUGGCAUUUCCGAUACCGAGAAACUUCCGGUUUGAGCUGUCAUCGAGAUCGAGCGAAUUCACGAACAGCUCAGUUUCUUUAACCAAUACUGGCAUACUAGGCGGGUCACUAUCAUACUUGUCUACUACUACGCCAUUGGCCAAUGCGAUGGCCUCUCGCUCGGUCCCACUUCAGUCGAUGGUGUCAGGGUAUCGGAUCCUCGAGACUUUUGGUCCGAGGCUUCCAACUCAGUUUGUGGGCGCAACUCUGCUGUAUGGAAGGAUUUACUUUCCCAGUCAGUUCCUCGAGGGAAUGGUAAUAAAGCGGGUUUCGCCCAAUACCCAGUUCAUUCUCAAAUGCAUUAGCACUCCCAAGGUGACAGGAGGUGUCAAAGGUGGAGGUGCUAUGACUUUUUAUUGGCAAACGAAUAAGGCAAAGUCCUCGCGAGAAUUCAUCUUUUCGACCAGUGAGGCUUUGCUUGGUUUCCGAUGUCUGUAUAACAUUGGAAAGGGAUUUCGCGAUGGACCAAGUCGACGGGGCAAAAUUUUUGGUAGCGAUGGAUCCUCUCUAUCUAUCGGCACAGAGCUGUGGUACGGUGCUCUCAGUAUGUCUCCGGGGCUAUCUACAGCACUGCGGUAUUCCACUUAUUCGUCUUCCACUGGAGCACCAAUGACUAUGACGUUGUCUUGCAAUCCGUUACUGGGAAGUUUCUCUAGCACUUACUCUGUGCGAACAGGGAUAGGGUCUACAUUCUGUUCCAAGUAUGAUCUAAAUGUGUAUUCUUCUGAAAGUGAUCUGAGUUUCGGUUACGAAUUCUGGAGAAGCAUUGCUACCAGACCACCCAAGGAGCAACCCAAACUGGACGCUCCAGCAUUCAACAAACUUAACGAAGAAGAGCAAAUGCGCGUUGUUGGAGAGUUCAUUGGGGCCCAACAGGACAAGUUUGGCAACCCUGGUGCUGCAUGGGGAUCAAGAGGUACUGCUCCGUUCCAUACAGCCAGAAAGUUUGUAUCCAAUCUGCGUGAAACCGACUUCAGCAGCGUCCUCAAGGCCAGCACCAGUAUUCAAACCGGAAAACUGAGUGUAUCAUUCUCGGGAAAAAUCAAGGACUUUCUGGUGACGACGGGGGCUUCUGUUAAUUUGUAUGAUACGUCUUCGACGGUGAAGGCUUAUGGUGUACAGAUCCAGUACUCGUCCUAG